ACCAACAUGGCCGCCAAGGCCUCCCUGACGACUGACCUCAGGUCUUCAGAAAUGGAUUUUUUUUUGGAAAGAGGAGGCGCACUGACAAUGCGGACAUCUGUUGUGCUGUUGGUCUUGCUGGCUGUAGCUUCACACACUGUGGCAAAGCCAAAAAACCGUUUCAUUCGCUACCCAUCAUGGAACACUAAGAUGUACCCGAUCUGGAAAGAUGGAGACCCACGGUUCAAAGACUCCUGGAAAGGUGGAAGAGUGACCUUCAAUGUCGGGAAUGAUUCGCCGACUCUGACUGGAGCCAAAGUUACCUUCACCAUCGACUUGGAGUUCCCACACAUUCAGAAGGUUCAGCCUAAUGGAGAUGUUGUUUGGGCCGAAGACUGCACGAUCAAUGGAACAAAGCACCACGAGGCUGAGCCAGUAUAUCCAACUCAGAACACAGACUGGGAGGCUGUUUUCCCUGAUGGGACACCAUUUAAGAAGGACAAGAAGCCAAACUAUGUGUUUGUCUGGAAGACCUGGGGUCAGUACUGGCAGGUGGCAGACGGCUCCUCCUCCUCCCUGACCAUCGGUACAGAUGACAUCCCGCUGGGCUCCUACACCAUGGACAUUGUUAUCUACCACUAUCGGAGCAAAGAGAAGUUCAUUCCUCUGGGGUACGCCUCCACCCAGUUCUCCAUCACUGAUCAAAUCCCUUUCGCUGUGUCCCUGGACCAAGUGAACGACAUCGUGGCCGGAGACAUGCGCUUCAUCCAGAACAGGGCGAUCGCCUUCACCAUCACACUCCACGACCCCAGCGAGUACCUCAGCAACGCCGACAUCACCUUCAACUGGGACUUUGGGGAUGAAAGUGGAGCCCUCAUAUCUAGAGAACUGACUGUCACUCACACCUACAUCAGCUCUGGCUCGUUCAAGCCUCAGGUGGUGAUCCAGGCGGUAAUCCCCGAUAAGGCCUGUGACCCACCCGUCGAUACCCCAACCAAGGCCCCUGGUCCCCCCACUGACCGUGGCACCACAGUGAAAGCUCCUGCUCUGGCGUCUGCUGUCCCCUUACUGGUCUCCACCAAGGCACCUGGUGUGGAUGUCAACGUGGUUCCUUCGGACACAGAGGAGGACAACACUGAGGAUGAGGCCUCCGCUGCCUCCACUACUCAGCCUGCCCAGGAAGCACCCACAGUGGCCAAAACUCCCUCCCCCGUCAAUCGUGACGGGACAGCUGACAAUGAAGCUCAGAACAGGAUUGCAACUGAUGCAAAGGGAACUGUGACGCUGACAGGCCAGGCUACAGUGGUCGUAGUUGCUAAGAGGGAUGCCGAUGAUAAACCCUCCGAUGAUGACUGUGUCAUAUAUCGCUAUGGCUCCUUCUGCACUGGCAUUGAAGUGUUUGAGGGCAUUGAGAAAGUAGAGAUAGUACAAAUGGACAACGCUGUGAUGGCGACACCUGAAAUGGACAAAAACGUCUUGGAUAUCACUGUCACUUGCCAGGGAAGCCUUCCUAAAGAGGUGUGCAGUGUGAUUCUGGAUGCAGAGUGCUUGAGGCCGAUUGACACGGCGUGCAACAUGGUGGAGCCCUCCAAACAGUGCCAGCUGGUGCUGCGUCACUUCUUCAAUGACUCUGGUGUCUACUGCAUCAAUGUGUCGAUGGCAAAUGACGUCAGUCUGGCUGCCGCUAGCGCCAAAGUCAACGUCCACAUGGGUUCAGGUCUGUCUUCUCCUGGCUCUGUCGCCACGGUGAUGGGUGUCCUGGUAGUGGUUCUCGCCAUAGGAUUAGUGGCAUAUUCUUACAAGCGCUUCAAGUCCUACCGUCCUCUGAAGGAAGACAUGACUCUGUCCGCAGACCCACAACCCAGCAGGACUCCCAGCUGCUCUGCAUCCUCGAUGUUCUGGAGUCUCCUGAACAGACGAGGAGCUGUGGACAACUGCCCUCUGCUGGAGGACAGGCCAGUGUGAACCAUCACCAGCCUCACUCAACCAAAUACAAAACCAAGCAACUUAUGAUUUGCGAUGUAGGCACCUGGGAGGUCUUUUUUUAUACCUUUUUUAACUUUAUUUUCUAAAUGACUAAAUUCGUGAGUGUGUGUGACAUUUGGGUUGUUAAUCAAAACCUUUCCUGGAUUUAUAGCUUAGACAUUCUCUGAUCUUUUGUACCUACCUGAAGCAACCUGGUUGUAAAAGUGUGUGCUUUAAUUUGGAUAAAACUGAAUUUGUAUGUUUUUCCAAUAAACUUUGCUCAAAAUA